UCCAUUUAUUUGUAGGUUAUUUAUGUUAAACAAAAACAGAAUACCGUAAAUUCUUGUUGUUAAUUUUAUAUUGUGUAUACUCUGACUGUUAUUAUCCGUGUUCUAAACUGUAAUUGAUAAACCAUGAACAUUUUAUCAGAUAUAUACUAUAAGAGCUUAGCUAAAAAUGAGGAAAACCUGCGUUUCUGGGAGAAUUAUCUGCAUACUUUGAGGACGCUAGACUUUAAUGUGUAUGCCGAUAAGUUAAAAGUCCCGGCGUUAGUUCCAGUGGGUAGCAAGGUAUUCUUUAGAGGUGUUUUGAAACAUACCAAUGAAGUUACUGUUGCUCUGGGCGCUGACUAUUUUGUUAAGUGCUCGCUGUCACAGGCAGAAGUGCUUCGGCAGCAUAGAAUUAAAGAUGCAGAAUCAAAAGUAGAAGCACUGCAAAAGGAAAGAGAAUAUAUUCAAAACCAGCUGCAAUUUGGUGCAAAGAAUGUAUUAAAAGAUCAAGGACAAGAAAUAAUAGAAGAAUUUACAGAAGAGGAAGAUUUAAAAUGGAGAGAGAAACACCGGGAGAACAUGAGACAGUAUAAGCAGAGAAGCAAGACUGAGGAACCUAAGGAAGAGGUUGAUGAGGAGGAACUGUGGAACAGACUUGAGGAACUAGAGUUACAAGAGGAGUUGGAAGAAGAAAUGGCAAAAAUGGAUAUAAAUAGAGAAAAAAAUGUUAACAAAUUGAAAAGAGGACAUGAUAAUCAAAUAGAAACAGAUAAAAAUGAAGAGGAUGUGCCAAAACAAGUUAUUAGUGAUAUAAAGGAAAAGCUUAGAACAAGAAAUAUAGAAUCUAAAAAUAAUAAAAUCUUAAAAGAAAAGGAUGCUCAUAAAGAUGAUGAUAAAAUGGAACUAUUACAACAAGUGAUUGAUAGACAAAAUGAAUUGAAAGAGAAACUGACUGAUUUGAAGAAUAAAGAAACUGCUCCUAGUCAAACUGAAAAGGAUAUUUUAUCAAGAUUGGAUGAAAUGGAACAAUUAGAGGAGUUGGAAGAUGAAAUGGAUAGAUUAGAUAACAUUCUCCAAAAUGAAGAUGUUGAAGAAGCUGAUGAGGAAUCUGAAGAAGAACAUUCAUUGAAACAGCCGGCAGUGAAAAUAAAAAGAAGUGUGUCUUUUGCUGACGAAGAUGACAGUGAAACAUUGGAAUUAACAUUUACACAUUCAGAAACAGAGCCAGAUACCACACCUUAUGAUAAGGAGAAAGGAAUUACAAAGCCUAGUGAUAUUUAUGAAGUUUUUGCUAGCACAUUUACUGAAACCACAUCUAUUUUGAAGAAAUCGAAGUAUGAAAGAGACUUGUCUCCAUGUGGACCUAAAAAUGAGAAGAGGACAAAAGUAGUUGACUUUCAGGAGGCAGAGGAUAAUCGGAAGAUGAACAAGACCAUUGUUGUUAAUGAUGUGGUUGAAAAAGUGGAUGAGAAUGAUAACAAAUAUGAGAGUGGGGACAAGAGGCCUAUGAGCUUAUUUAAGAAACGGAGACAGCAAAAUCUCAAAUAAUGUAAAAUUUGUAAAUACAAUGAAAUUAAAUAGGUUUUUAGCAUA